GCGUGUAGCUGCCUGUCCAGUGGUCUCUUAUCUCUCAGCAGCUUCAACUCAACGUGACGCGAGAAAACACAAAACGUCUACUGGCGACUUUUUCUUUACUUUUUCUUUACUUUUUCUUUAUUUUUCUACAACUUUCUACAACAAAGAAGGAAAGUCACUUGUUAAGGAAACGAGUUGCACUUUGAAGAGGAUAGAAACACGCUUUAAAGUGCCACUCUUUAACUGUUAAACUGUUUAUGCAGUAAAGUAAAAGGUGUGAAACAGGUGAGUGGUUGAGAGUCUGAAGAUGAUCAGAUGAGCAGUUUGUGACUCCAUCACCGGUUACCGGGAGGACGGGAGCAGUAAUCCGGUAGAGAUGCUCGGUGGAGACACGUGAUGAGCUUUAACUGAUCAGGGUUAGAGACACGGAGACACACGGAGGACACUGUGGAGACACGGAGACAGAGAGAGGACGCUGCUCCUCCACACAGCAACAGGAGUUAAACACACUAAACUCUUCGACGACUUCUUCUUCUUCUACUUCUCCUCCUCCAUUAAGUGUGUUGUUUUCCUCUCCGGGAGAGGAGAGAGGAGGAGGAGGAGGAGGAGGAGGGAGGAAGAGAAGAGGAAGAGGAGGAGGAGGAGGGAGAAGAGGAAGAGGAGAAGCCGGAGCGGAGCGGAGUAAAGUUUGUCCAACUUUGCACAUCCCUUCGGAAACGCCAUUUUGAUUCCUCUCCUCUCCGGAGCAAGUUGAGCUUCUCUCUCUCUCUCUUUCUCUCUCUCUCUCUCUUUCUCUCCUCUUCUUCAUCAUCCCUCUUCUUCAUCAUCAUCAUCUUCUUCAUCACCCCCCCCCACCCUCAUCCUCCUCCUCCACCUCCUCGCCACGAUGUCUCGGCGCAAGCAGCCCAACCCCAACAGAGUCCACAUGUGAGCAGUGGUCGCAGACACACACACAACAACAACAACAACAACAACAACAACAAACCCCGCCCCCCUCCCGCAUCGACACGAGCGAGCGAGCGUUGCUUUACGAAAAAGGACGGCAGUCAUGGAAAACUGCAGCGAGGAGCAACGAGAAGAGAUAAACGAGGAGGAGUCGGAUCUAACGGAGGAGAAAACGCACAAUAACCUCAAAGCGAUCAACGGAGUGAUGGAGGAGGCAGCGAGCGGAGGAGAAAAGCUACAGAACGGCGAUCGAGGAGGAGGAAUCAUGGGAGCUGAAGGAGGAGGAGACCUGUCCUCCAUCAACGCCAUGAUGUCAGCGGUGAUGUCAGCAGCAGGGACCAUCAACGGCGGAGGAGAUGGCGAAGGAGCGAGUGGAGUCACCUCAGCCAACUCGUCCGCCGGGCACUCCCCGAGCCCCUCCCCUACCAAGUCGCUCACGGCGGCCAUGAGAGCCCCGCCCAGCCGCAACGCACGACGCACCCAGGACACCAAAGACGACAGCUCAGCUUUUAUCUGUCCGCUGUGUGACAAGGACUGUCAAACACAACACUCGCUCACAAUGCACAUCAGACAGCACAACGCCGACGCCGGAGCGACGGACCAUUCCUGCAGCAUCUGUGGGAAGUGCCUGAGCUCGGCCUCGUCGCUGGACCGACACAUGCUGGUCCACAGCGGGGAGAGACCCUACAAGUGUAACGUCUGUGGACAGACCUUCACCACCAACGGCAACAUGCACAGACAUAUGAAGAUCCAUGAAAAGGACCCGGCCAGCGGUCUGCUCCCCGUCAGCCCCCCCUCCCCCAACAAACGCCGCCGUCCAUCCGUCAAGAGGAGGCAGAGUCCGGUGGAGGAGGACGGAGAGGAGCCGCCCAGCAAGAAGGUGGUGGAGGACGCGGCGGCGGAGGAGUCGGCGGCUGCAGCGGCGAUUCGUGGAGGUGAAGAGGAGCUGCUGCCCUGUCCAAUCUGCUUCAAGACCUGCAGCUCCAGACUGGAGCUGGACGCACACAUGGACACACACCCCGACACCGCACUGAGGUGUGAUUUCUGCUGCCUGUCUUUCCGAACUCACCGUGGUUUGUUGCGCCACAACGCGGGGGUUCAUAAGAUUCUCCCCCAGGACCCCAGCGGCCGCCCCUUCAUCCAGAACAACCCCUCCAUCCCCACCGGCUUCAACGACCUCGCCUUCAUAGACUUCUCCUGCAAGAAGUUCGCUCACAUCGCACAGGUCUGGUGCGAGACAAACCUUCGUCGCUGUAUCAGCAAGUUCCACCGGUUCGUCUGCGAUUGCUGCGACAAAGCGUUCCCCCUUCGCUCCGCCCUGGAGCUCCACAAAACCACCUCCCAUCCCGACAAACCCACCGCCAAUGACACGCAGGAAAUGGAGGAGGAUGGAGCUGCAGAAAACGGCAGUCCGGAUGUUGAGAAAGAAGUCCUGUACUCGGAGCAGGCCGGCUUCUUGGAAGCGCUGGGUCUUCAGCACGUCUCCAAGGUGAAGUCUGGUCCCACAGAUGAUGAGAUCCAUCAGGCCCACCUGGACAGCAUCAAGGUGAUCCACGUGGAGCCGCCGUCCUCCAGCCUUCCCCAGGAGCCGGCCUCAGCCUUCCUGUCCGGAGGUCUGGGGUUGGCUCUGGGUCUGGGUGUGGGUCUGGGUGUGGGCAGUCUGGCGGCCCUCAGCAUCCCGCUGCUGGAGGCCUCGGGCUCCGCCUCCGCCCUGCACGGCCUCUCCCAGAGAGAAGCCCUGAGCCUGCUCUCCCUGCAGCCCUUCCAGUCUGGCUUCCUCCUGCAGCCUGACGGGGGCGCCGCCACAGCCAGCGCCGCCUCAUCGGGGGUCAAACCCGGAGAGGCCGGUGGAGCCGGGAUCAUGGAGCUGGCAGACAUCCAGCAGAUCCUCAAAGUGGCGAGUGCAGCGCCGAAUCAGAUGGGACUGACCCCGCCGCCUCUGGCCAAGGCUCCAGGAUUUGCCGGAGGUCAAGGUCAAAUCCAGGGUCAGAAGGCGAUGCCUCCAUUGAAGCCCAAACCUCCCAUCACCCCUCGCUCCAGCCUCACGGCGACGACUCCUCCCCCCCUCCAGAGCUCCCAGCAGGCCUCACUGGGCUGCAUCAGCCCCAGCCUGCCACCUCCCACCCCCUCUCUCUUCAAAACACCCUCCUCAUCCUCUUCCUCUUCAUCCUCCUCUUCAGCUGGCAACGGAAGCCAGUUGGACGCAGAGUGUAUGAGUGACGCUCACGCGCCUUUGUCUGAUUCGCCGCCAGCUGCGUCCACGGCAGUACACGAGGAGGCGGGGCUUAGCGGUAGAAAGCCAGGAACCAAAGGGGGGAACAACGCCAACGCCGGCUCGGCUAAAGGCUCGUUCCCAUGCCGAUUCUGCGACCAGGUGUUUUCCUUCUCUGGCGUCCUGCAGGCUCACAUGCGCUUCCACCUCGGCAUCCUUCCACAUCAGUGCAACAUCUGCGACUACGUGGCUCCAGACAAAGCCACGCUGAUCCGACACCUGCGGACACACAGCGGCGAGCGGCCCUACGUCUGCCGGGUCUGCCAUUAUCCUUUCACCGUCAAGGCCAACUGCGAGCGCCACCUCAGAAAGAAGCACUUCAAGACCUCGAGGAAGGACAUCGAGAGAAACAUCAAGUACGUCACCUCCGCCACCACCGCGAACCUCGCCGCGGCAAUCACUUCUGCAACAACCACCACCACACAGGACACGGAGACGGGCUGCACCGGAGCUGAGACGACGUGCCGGUUCUGCGGCGAGGACCUGAAGACCUACCGGGCGCUGCAGAUCCACCUGCGCACACACAACGGCUGCCAGAGGAAGCCGUUUGAGUGCCGGCGCUGCGGCGCUGCCUUCCUGGCCAAACGCAACUGCAUCCAUCACCUGCUCAAGCAGCACCCCGAGGUGCAGGAGAGGGAGAUCGAGGAGCAUAUCGCCACGCUCUUUCCUGCCGGCGCACCCGUCGCUACCGUCGCCUCUGCCCGAGCCGCUCCGGUGAAUCAAAUGACACUGAACGGGAUUGGUCAGCCUCCGAUUCAGGCGCUCCAAGCAGUGAAGGUGGAGGAGCUGGCUAACGUGGUUUAUCCUGCAGAACUGGACCAGCCGCUGGACUUCUCCGCCAAGGGUCGUGGAACCGGCAGCCAGGCGGGGUCCCCUGGGGUCAAACUGGAGAACGUCUCCCCCAGCUUCGACUUCUCCUUCCUGGACCAGCCCAUCGAUCUGUCCAUCCCCAGCAAGAGGCAGAGGAGGGAGGACAGGGAGAGGAGGGAGAUCAAGACGGAGCAGAGCGGCAGCAGCAUCGUGGAGCAGCAGCAGGCUUUGGCUCUGGCUCUGGCUCUGUCCAAGGAGGAGAAGGCGGCGAGCGCGCUGCUUCCUCUACACCCCCACCCCCAGCUCGGCUGCUACCAGCUCCCCCCCGGCUCCACCCCUCCCCCAGCAUCCCUCCCCAACCUCAGCAACUCUUCCCGAGUGCAGCGUCUCAAACCGCUGCUCCCCAAACCCACCGCCUCCUCACCCUCCACUGCCCUCAAGGAGCUCCCUCCUCUGGCCUCCAUCGCUCAGAUCAUCCACUCCGUCUCCGGAGCUCCAGACCUGCUGAAGAGAGAGGCCGCCGCGCUGGAGGUCAAACCGCAGGCGGUUGUCGCCUCCUUUCAGCCCGACUCUGCUGCAGACGCCCCGGGACCCUCGGCUGUUCUGGAGACACAACGUAAAGAAACGUCAGAGGGAUCCUCCAGAAAGCGGUCCAGGAAAAAAGCUGCUGCCCUGGCAUUGAAGGAAAAGGCCGUUGUGAGCGGCGUGGGCAGCGGCGUGGGCAGCGGCGUGGGCAGCGGCGUGGGCAGCGGCGUGGGCAGCGGCGUGGGCAGCAGCCUUGGAAGCGGCCUGGGAUUUGGCCUGGGAAGCGGCCUGGGAAGCGUCCUGGGAAGCGUCCUGGGAAGCGUCCUGGGCAGCGUCCUGAGUAGCGGCGUGGGCAGCGGCGAGGGCAGCAGCCUUGGAAGCGUCCUGGGCAGCAGCAAGUGCAGCGGCCUGGGCAGCGGCCUGGGCAGCAGCGAGGGCAGCGGCGAGGGCGUUUGCGGAUUUGGGGGAGGCGUCGAAGGCGUCGUUGGCAGCGGUGCCGGCGGUGGUGGUAUCGACCUGGAGUCCAGCGGGGAGUUUGCCAGCGUGGAGAAGAUGCUGGCCACCACUGACGCCAACAAGUUCAGCACCUACCUGCAGACCGGAGCUGCAGACCUGGAAGGAAAGAGAGAUGACAGAGCAGGAGGAGAGGAGGAGAAGGAGGGAGGAGCGAAGGAGGAGGUGAAGCCGCCGCAGUCCAAAGGGAAGAAGAACGCCUACUCCAACUCUGUCCAGAAGAUGACCUGCCCCUUCUGCCCCCGAGUGUUCCCCUGGGCCAGCUCCCUGCAGAGACACAUGCUGACUCACACCGGCCAGAAACCUUUCCCCUGUCCGAAGUGCGACGCCUUUUUCUCCACCAAAUCCAAUUGUGAGCGCCACCUGCUGAGGAAACACGGCGUGACCCACCGAACGCUGCGACGCAACGCUGCCCUCGCCAAGAAGGACGGAGACGGAGAAGGAGACGAAGGCUCGCACGAGAGCGCAGAGAGUCAGUCAGAAACGGAGCAGAUGACACCAGAAGCACAAGACCUCAGCAGCCUCAACACCUCCACCGACUCCGGCUCCGCCCUCACACCGGAGAGCCCCGCCCCUUCAGAGCAGCAAGAGGAGGGGUCCGUGCAGUCAAGCCCCACCCACAGAUCGAGCUACGGUUGCAGUCCAGCUGCCGACGAUGCAGAGCAGGAGGAGACAGACACCACGGAGCAUCCGGACCAGCAGGGGGCGCCAGAGACCACAGCAGCACAGGGAAGACUGCCUCCACAGAGCAACAGCACCAAGGUGGAGAGCGCCGACGAUGACGACUGCCACAGCAACAAAAGUCUGGACCUAAACUUCGGCAAAAAGCUGAUCGACUUCAAGCUCUCCACGUCGUCAGGCCCCGCUCAGGAAGAACAACCCUCCCUACCAGCAUCCUCUUCCUCAUGCUCCUCCACCUCAUCAUCCUCUACCUCUGCUCCACUAAUAGCAACAGAGAUCCAAGAGAAGGAGAAAGGUUCUGCAACCUCCUCCUCCUCCUCCUCCAGCAGCCCCGCGGUGAAGCAGCAGCCGGAGUACAAACAUGUGUGUCGAGUGUGUAAGAAGAGCUUCCGCUACGCCACCACCCUCGCUCGUCACGAGAGGGCGCACCUCUCCGAGGAGACACCAACUCCGGCGCCGGUGGAGGAGAACCCGCCGGUGAAAGAGGAGGCGACGGAGAGCAACGCCGCCAAAUCGCCAAAAGAGGAGGGGGAGAAAGAGGAGGAGCAGAAGAUGGCGAUGGAGAUGGAGGUGGAGGAAGCAGGAGUGAGGGGAGGGGAGAGCGAGGGAGGGGAGAGCGGGGAGUCGGAGGAGGAGGAGAAGGAGAAGGAGGAGAGGAGUGACGAGGAGGCGUCAGAACCAAAGAGUUUAGAGGGAGGAGAGGCGUCAGGAAGACGAGUAGACAAGAGGAAGAAGAUCUGUAAUGUCUGCGGAAAGAGAUUCUGGUCUUUGCAGGACCUGACCAGACACAUGAGAUCACACACAGGUGAGCGGCCCUACCAGUGUCAAACCUGCGAGAGGACUUUCACCCUGAAGCACAGCCUGGUCCGCCACCAAAGGAUCCACCUGAAGCCCCGCGGGGCCGACGGAGCCUCGGGCGCGAACGACGACGCCAGCGAGGACGGAGACUCCUGCACCCAGACCCCGCCCUCCACCUGCCCCCCCUCAGAGAACGAGAGCGAUUGUGGCAGCGGCGCCGCUGGGGGCAAGGAGAUGGAGGAGGAGGACUUAAAAGAGGAGGACGAGGAGGUCGACGGCGCAGAAUCAGCCACGUUGGAGGUAGAAUGCCUCGCGAAACAAGCAGAGUCAGAACCGCCGACGACCGCCGCCUCCGAAGACCCGAACGCCGGGGAAAAAUCUGAACUUUCUGCAGAGUCUGCGGCACAACGACCCUCCGCUGACACGACUCCCAGCCAACAAGCUACUGACACAAAGACAACUACUAGUGACGACGACCUGAAAUCGACGCCCGAAUCAAACCUCUCCAAAGACCCCUCUCCCUCAUCCUCCAGCUCUCUGCCGGAGGAGUCCGUGGCAGCUGCCCCCACAGAGGGCUUCAUCCAGGGGCUGCUAGACAUCCACGCCAAGCCCCCUCUGGAGCACAUCCUGCCCAACGGAGAGCCUCCUCUGGUGGGGGUAGACUGAGGGGAAAGUCCCCCGGCAGUCUAAACCAACGUCACCACAGUGCCAUACGGCGGAACGACGCUACACCAUCGAUGAUGUUGAUGAUGAUGCAAAAACCAGCCCGGAAAAAAUAUUUUUGAUUGAAAGACGAAAACCUCGUUUUCUUGAAGUGCCUUACUACUAGUCCUACUUCUAAGAGAUGCUUUUUGCUAUAUCUUUAUCUGCAUUAUUACGGAGGAUGGAUCUAAUUUUUAUAGCUUUUUAUGAUGACAAUGAUUUGCAUUACUAUUUUUUUGUGCGGGGAAUCUAUAUUUCAGCAAUAAAAAGAAUAAAGUUAUGAUUUAUUAUUGUUCUAGAUUCUGUUUGAGACUUGAUGAUCAACUUAGGAGACGCAGGGGGACAGACAAAGACAGAGAUGGACUGUCAGUAUCUGCGUUUAUUUUUCUGUAUUUAAAUCACAGCUGGGCUCCGGCCACACAACGGAGACCGAACAAUCCCAUAUUACGAUUUGAACCAGCUUCGGAUUUGACAGCGGACUAGUCAGGGUGGGGGAACUUCUUUUGGCGGCGUUCCAAACUUCACCAGCCACUUCUCCAGCUUGACCAGCCGUUUUGAUAUCUUUGGUAGGCUGCCACGGUGGCUGGUUGAACCCAGUUUCACCAGCAACACGAUGACUUCCACCGGUGGCUGGUGGUCGUCUCUUACUGUGCGACAACGGAAGCUUUUUGUAACUGGAAAACACAAGAAAGGUCAGCACUUCGCCUUCCUUUCUGCUCGCUUCCGCAUCCAUCGCCGUCUCUCGGCCGGCUCACGAAAAAACAUUCACAAACUUGUCAUCAGAUUUCUGUGUGAAAAUGAACUUUUGAAAGGGCAGAUAUUGUGUUGAUCAGUUUGUGUUCUCCAUGUUUUUUUUGUUUUUUUUAAAAACCCGUCACACUAUUGAUCCCUUUAUCCUCAAAGCCACCCUCCGAGUUGGUUUGUCUGUCAAUAAUUUCUCAUUCAUAAUCAUUCUCAGUUGAUUCCAUGUGUGUACAGAGAGGUGAACAUGUGGCACGUGGUGUUAGAGUAUUUGGGGUUGUUUUUUUGCGUGUGUGUGAUUAU